AAAAUUGCGUCUUUAAUCCACGUACCUGCAGACGAAAAUGGCGACUGUCAACGCAUUCUUCCUCGUUUCUGCAAUAUUGUUGAUAUUUACUGGAUUCAUAGAUGCAGCGGUAAAGAAAAAAGAGGACAGUCUUGGAGACAAAGUCAGUCAAAUGACAGAAUGGAACAACAAAAAAGCUGUGAUCAGAAUGAAUGGUGAUAAAUUCCGACAAUAUGUGAAAACAACACCAAAGAAUUAUUCUGUUAUUGUCAUGUUAACUGCUCUCCAAGCCCAGAGACAAUGCUCAGUUUGCAAACAAGCAAAUGAUGAGUACACAAUCUUGGCAAACUCUUGGAGAUACUAUCAACAGUAUUCAAACAAACUCUUUUUCGCCAUGGUGGACUAUGAUGAAGGAUCUGACGUAUUCUCUUCGAUGAAAAUCAACACUGCCCCCGUUUUUAUGCAUUUCCCAGCCAAAGGAAAACCAAAGAAGGGAGAUACUUUAGAUAUUCACAGAGUUGGUUUUUCUGCUGAACAGAUUGCCAAAUGGGUUGCUGAGAGAACUGACAUAAAUAUCCGAGUAUUUAGACCCACUAACUAUUCUGGCACCCUGGCUCUAGCUUUGCUGUUUGCACUGAUUGGAGGACUCCUUUACCUUAAGAGAAACAACCUGGAAUUCUUGUACAACAAAACUGUAUGGGGAGGCCUAGCUCUGUUUGUGAUAUUUGCUAUGACAUCUGGACAGAUGUGGAACCAUAUUAGGGGACCCCCAGUGAUGCACAAGAACCCCUCAACUGGACAAAUUAAUUACAUUCACGGUAGCAGUCAGGGACAGUUUAUAGCAGAAACUUAUAUUGUCUUUUUCUUGAAUGCAGCAGUAGUUGGAGGAUUUGUUCUGUUAAAUGAAGCAAACUCCGUCAAAGGAGACCCAGGAAAGAAAAGAAUAUUAUCCAUGGUAGGACUAGGAUUUGUGGCCAUCUUCUUUAGCCUGCUCCUCUCUGUGUUCAGGUCCAAGUACCAAGGAUAUCCAUAUAGUUUCUUGUUCAAGUAAAGAAGAGGAUUCAUAAAGUGUCUCAUGUUUAUUUUUUACCCAUUUAAAACAUUCUACUGUGAGGGAACAUGCCUGUUGUUCACGUUGUGUGUUGUUUUACCAAAAAAAAUGCGGAAUGCAAGUGUGCUAAUGAGAAGCUGAAAAUUUCAUUAAAUGUGUAGUUUUAAUGUGUGCGAGUAGCUUAAUGGAAUUUUACGCAAUAGAAGAUUAUCAAAUGAGUUCCUGUUUGUGGAUGUCAUUAAUGUCUGACAAUGAGGCCAAUUUAUUUUAUUAAAUUCUUUAAAACCUAUA